UUGUUACCUUCAGAGCAGCUCUCUCCAUAGCAACUGAAAACUUCUCUGGGCUGAAAUAAUCCUCUCUAGCUCCCAGUGCACAGUCAAAGAAUUUUAAAAACAAGGAACUUUGUAACUGUGAAAUACUCUCCAAGAUUUAAAGGGCUGUGGAGCUCCAGAUCAAGAAUCGUUUAUCUUUCUUCUGAAGAAAUUCCUUUGGUUACAAGUUUACCCUGUCAGCAGCAACACACUCAUCUCCAUCCAAGGCAGACUCAAGGUGGAGGAAGGUGGAAAUGUGCUUCUGGACAAAGCUUUCAGUAUCCUGGGUGCCACUGUUUCUUCUACUGGGCCUUGUUUUUUCCACUGAGACAGACAAACCCUCCACCCAAGGCAGCAGAGGUCGUGGGAGCUCAGGCCAAUUCGCAGACCUACUGCAGGUUCUCUCUGCUGGUGACCACAUACCCCGCAGCCACUCAAGAAGCCUCAUCAAAACAUUGUUGGAGAAAACUGGGUGUCCACGGAGGAGAAACGGAACGCGAGGAGAUUGCAAUCUGUGCUUUGAACCGGAUGCACUGUUACUAAUAGCUGGAGGAAAUUCUGAAGAUCAGCUUAGAGAAGAAGUGGUCCAGAGAGUUUCUCUUCUCCUUCUCUAUUACAUUAUUCACCAGGAAGAGAUCUGUUCUUCAAAGCUCAACAUGAGUAAUAAAGACUAUAAAUUUUACCUACAUAGUCUACUGAGCCUCAGGCAGGAUGAAGACUCCUCUUUCCUUUCACAGAAUGAAACAGAAGAUAUCUUGGCUUUCACCAGGAAGUACUUUGACACUUCUCAAAGCCAGUGUAUGGAAACUAAAACACUGCAGAAAAAAUCUGGAAUCGUGAGCAGCGAAGGUGCUAAUGAAAAUACGCUGCCUCAGUUGGCAGCCAGCAUCAUUACUUUGUCCCUCCAGGGCGUCUGUCUGGGACAGGGGAACUUGCCUUCCCCAGACUACUUCACAGAGUACAUAUUCAGUUCGUUGAAUCAUACGAAUACCCUCCACCUAUCAGAACUAGACCAACUCCUCAACACUCUCUGGACCAGAAGUACCUGUAUCAAAAAGGAUAAAAUCCAGCAACUUCAAAGGAAACAAAACAAUGCAAUAACCCAUGAUCAGGACUAUUCUAAUUUCUCUUCAUCUUUGGACAAAGAGUCUGAGGGUGGUCCAGUUUCCUGGGAUCAGACUUGCUUCUCUGCUAGGCAGCUGGUGGAGAUAUUUCUACAGAAAGGCCUCUCCUCCAUUUCUAAGGAGGACUUUAAGCAAAUGAGUCCAGGGAUCAUCCAGCAACUCCUCAGCUGCUCCUGCCACUUGCCCAAGGACCAACAAGCAAAGCUGCCACCCACCACUCUAGAAAAAUACGGCUACAGCACUGUGGCUGUCACCCUUCUUACACUGGGCUCCAUGCUGGGGACAGCCCUGGUCCUUUUCCAUGGCUGUGAGGAGAACUAUAGGCUUAUCCUACAGUUGUUCGUGGGCUUGGCCGUCGGUACACUGUCUGGAGAUGCUCUGCUACACCUGAUCCCUCAGGUUCUUGGUUUACAUAAGCAGGAAGCCUCAGAAUUUGGGCAUUUCGAUGAAGGCAAAGGUCAUAUUUGGAAACUGUUGGGAUUAAUUGGCGGCAUCCAUGGAUUUUUCUUGAUAGAAAAAUGUUUUAUUCUUCUUGUAUCACCGAAUGACAAGGGCCUGUCAUUGGUUAAUGGGCACGUGGGACAUUCCCACCAUCUUGCACUCAACUCUGAAUUAAGUGACCAGGCAGGCAGAGGCAAAUCUGCUUCAACUAUCCAGUUGCAAAGCCCGGAAGAUUCACAGGCAGCUGAAAUGCCUAUAGCCAGUAUGACAACCUCCAACAGAAAAUGUAAAGCCAUUAGCUUGUUAGCAAUCAUGAUUCUGGUUGGGGACAGCCUGCAUAAUUUUGCAGAUGGCUUAGCUAUAGGAGCAGCGUUCUCAUCGUCGUCUGAGUCGGGAGUGACCACCACGAUUGCUAUCCUGUGUCAUGAAAUCCCACAUGAAAUGGGAGACUUUGCUGUGCUUUUAAGCUCUGGACUUUCUAUUAAGACCGCCAUCCUGAUGAAUUUUAUAAGCGCUCUGACUGCCUUCAUAGGGUUAUACAUUGGCCUUUCUGUGUCAGCUGAUCCAUGUGUUCAAGACUGGAUCUUCACGGUCACUGCUGGGAUGUUCCUAUAUUUAUCCUUGGUUGAAAUGCUUCCUGAAAUGACUCAUGUUCAAACACAACGACCCUGGAUGAUGUUUCUCCUGCAAAACUUUGGAUUGAUCCUAGGUUGGCUUUCUCUCCUACUCUUGGCUAUAUAUGAGCAAAGUAUUAAAAUUUAAGUUAGGAUCUUCUCCAUCUUUCAAAAAUGCAUUUAUGUAGUCUCACUUUGUUUCUUUCAUUACACUCUACAAUUAUUUGUCAAUUAAGUGUUUUUUAUCUUAGGCAAAGUGUGUAUCUUUUAAUUCAUUAACUUAUUGAUUUUAUAAUGCAGUUUUAUUUUUGGAAACAGAAAUGUCAGACUGUCCUUGAUUGAAAUCUUGUUUUUGGUUUCCAACACCAUGAUGAAACUCUUGCUUUUUAGGAAGUAGUUAGUAAAUUCUGUAUGAAUUGUAAUAAACUUUAAAAAAUAGAUAGUUUCCCUGAGAAAGAAUGUUUGUAGCAUUUAAAGUAGGCAGAUGCCUGUUGGGUUAAAAUCAACUGCAACUUCUUUGAUGUUAAUUUCUUUCCCUGUGCAUUUAUAAACUAUAAGCAAGUUAAGUGACAAGCCAAUGUAAUAAAGACUAGUUUUAAU